GACUCCUCCCCCCUUAUCUCCUUGAGUAACCAUCUAGAAGACUGCUAGCUGCAUCAGGAAUAUAUACAUAUAUACAAACAUAUAUGAUCGAACUACUACUCCUGGCGGAAAAUAUAUUGUACGUACACAAGUAGAAAAGAUCGAUCGAUCAUGGUUGCCAAGGAGUUUGGAAGAGAAGCAGUAAUAAGCAUGGAGAAAGUUAAGAGAGACGGAGAGGCGCUCAUCGCUGCCAGAGCCGGAGACGAAGAGGAAGAUGAUGUGGUGCUCCCGGGGUUCCGGUUCCACCCGACCGACGAGGAGCUCGUCACGUUCUACCUCCGCCGGAAGGUGGCGAGGAAGCCGCUCAGCAUGGAGAUCAUCAAGGAGAUGGACAUCUACAAGCAUGAUCCAUGGGACCUCCCUAAGGCAAGCACGGUUGGUGGAGAGAAGGAAUGGUACUUCUUCUGUCUGAGAGGAAGGAAGUACCGGAACAGCAUCAGGCCCAACAGGGUCACCGGCUCCGGCUUCUGGAAGGCCACCGGCAUCGACCGCCCGAUCUACUCUGCCGCUGCCGCUGGUGCCGCCACUGCAAACUCCGGCGAGUCCAUCGGGCUCAAGAAGUCCCUCGUGUACUACCGCGGCAGCGCCGGCAAGGGCACCAAGACCGACUGGAUGAUGCACGAGUUCCGCCUCCCGCCGGCCGCCGCCGCCGCCACCGAUGCCUCCCAGAGCAUGCAAGAAGCUGAGGUGUGGACCAUCUGCAGGAUCUUCAAGAGGAACAUCGCCUACAAGAGGCAGCCGCAGCAGCACCAGCAGCAGGCGUGGCGGCAGCAGCCGGCGGGCAGCAACGGUCCGCCGCCGCUGCUGGCAGAGUCCAGCUCCAACACCGGGAGCUUCGAGUCCGACGGCGGUGGCGACGAGUACAUGAACUGCCUGGCAGUGCCGGCCACCGCUCCGGGCGUGCCCCGGCAGCAUCAGAUCGGCAGCAUACUGAACGGAGGAGGUGUCAGUGUCACUGGCAGCAGCUUCUUCAGAGAGAGCGUGCAUGGCCAGCAGUUCCAGGGUCAAUGGCUGAACCGCUUCCCUGCGCCAGCAGCAAUAGAGCAGAAACCGCAGCUCCUGGACUCGUCAGCGAUGACCAUUGCGUUCCAUCAGAACGAUCAGAGCGUCGCUGCCGCCGCCAUGACGAAUGAUCAGUGCUACAAGGACGGGUACUGGGACGAGAUUGCAAAGUUCAUGGAGGUCAAUGAUCCAACAGUACUUUACGACUGUAGAUACGCUUGAUCAAUAGAAAGUUCAGAGCUCAGAGUUCAGAAUUUCAGAGUAGAGAGACCCAGGUACCAAGGGUGCAUGAGAGACUGGCAUGCAGGGCCUGCUCCUCCAGUGAGGCCGCUAGUCAGUUAGAUUUUGCCCGGCAAUGUGCCCAAAAACCCCCCCACCCUUUUGUGUUCAUUAUUCUGAUCGGAUGUAUACAGGACGUGUUGUGACCAAUGUAUGAUUUGUGUGUGCACUGGCUAGAUUAGUACCAAAAUAAACAUAUGUUUCAGCCACGAAUCAUGACUUUGACA